AUGGCUAGAGCCCGUGACACGUUGUAUAUUAUUCCUGACACUGAUCAACCUGCCUUCGGGGAAGUGAACCAGCUCGGGGGGGUGUUUGUCAACGGGAGACCCCUGCCCAAUGCCAUCAGGUUGCGGAUUGUGGAACUGGCACAACUGGGUAUCAGACCGUGCGACAUUAGCCGGCAGCUCCGCGUUUCUCACGGCUGUGUCAGCAAAAUCCUGGCUCGCUACAACGAGACCGGCUCCAUCCUACCGGGGGCUAUCGGAGGCAGCAAGCCUCGGGUCACCACUCCCACGGUGGUAAAACAUAUCCGGACCUACAAACAAAGGGAUCCGGGCAUCUUCGCCUGGGAGAUCCGGGAUCGCCUGCUGGCCGAUGGCGUAUGUGACAAGUACAACGUGCCGUCGGUCAGCUCCAUCAGCCGCAUCCUCCGGAACAAAAUCGGGAACCUCUCUCAGCAGAGUCACUACGAGUCCUACAAGCAGCACCAGCCGCCCCCACAGCCUGCUCUGCCCUACAACCACAUCUACCCCUAUCCCAGCCCCAUCGCUGCUGCAGGAGCCAAGGUGUCCACCCCUCCCGGGGUUCCGGCGAUCCCCAGCACCAUGGCCAUGCCCAGGACCUGGCCGUCCUCUCACUCAGUGACGGACAUCCUGGGGAUCCGGUCCAUCACAGACCAAGCAGUGAGCGACACUUCGCCUUACCCCAGCCCCAAGGUGGAGGAAUGGAGCAGCCUGGGCCGAAACAGCUUCCACCCGCCGGCCCAGCACUCCGUGAACGGGUUGGAGAAGAGCUCCCUUGAGCAGGAGGCCAAGUACAGCCAGGCACCCAAUGGCCUCCCAGCUGUCAGCAGUUUUGUGUCGGCACCAGCCAUGCCUCCCUAUGCCACACCAGCCCAAGUGUCACCUUACAUGACGUACAGCGCCACUCCAUCUAGCUAUAUGGCAACCCAUGGCUGGCAGCACGCUGGAGGCACCCCGUUGUCCCCUCACAGUUGCGAUAUCCCUGCCUCGCUGGCGUUCAAGGGCAUGCAGACAGCCAGGGAGGGGAGCCACUCUGUCACAGCCUCUGCUCUCUGA